AUGGAGGGAAAAAGCUUCGAAGUCAAUGUAUUUGUUGACAAAAAGUCACUUCUCAACUUUUUGUUAAGGAGAAAGGUAUGAAUCUUUCACUCAUAGAGGCGAAGGGAGCUCUUUUGGAAGAUGUUUCCGAGUUUGUUCCCCAGCAUUAUUGGUUUUUGAAGCCGAUCAGUGGAAAUUCUAAAAUACCACUUGCUGCCAAGCAGGAAAAACUGGUCACACUGAGAAAAUGUCUUGUCGAAAGCAACAGGGAAUUUUUCCUUUAUCUUCAGAGUUGUGAGGAGAAGCCUAGUGAAAAUAUUGAUGGAAAAAGUUGCAGCAAAGAGCGGGUGCUGAGAGCACACAAACAGAAUGCCCAGAUCAAAAAGUCGAUGAGCCAGUACCAAGAAAGAGAGCAAAACAGACAACCAUUGUUUCCGCAUUCAAGAUUCGCACAGAACGCCCUAAGGAGCCACUAGAUUCGGCAAGGGGAAGAGUUCAUCUGUACUCUUCGCGUGACAUUGAAAGGGCCACUGAUGGCCGCAAAGAGUACUACAAAUUUUGGAAUAGUAAAGCUCGAGAACCGUGCUCUGACCCGCACUUCAAUGAUUACAGAAAGCAAGAACUCCAUGCUGUCAUAGAUACAGCAUGGCAAAUACGAUUGUGUGAAAUGUUGACAGCUAAAGUUGAAGCAGAGCUGCAAAAUAUGCCAGAAAGCAAGCCAGGAUCACGCAAUAAAACUGUCACUAAAAAUAUAAAAGGCGUAAAGGAAGCUAAGCAAAUGGCAAAUGAACUGAAUCUUCAAAUUCGUCAAUAA